CCUCGGUUGCUUUUCCUUAUAACCUUUAUUUUAAGCUAGAACAUCAUGACCGCCGCUGUAGGAGACAAGUUUCCUGAAGUCACUUUGACAUACGUUCCUUAUGAUGCUCAUGCUGACCCCAAUGCCUGCGGACGCCCAGUACCUCUCAAGAGCAGCAAGGACUUUGCUAACAAGAAGGUGGUUAUCGUCGGUGUACCAGGUGCCUUUACACCCACUUGCUCCGAAACUCACGUUCCUGGCUUCAUUGAAAAGCUGUCCGAACUCAAGUCAAAGGGAGUUGACGAGGUUUUGAUUUACUCUAUCACCGAUGCCUUCGUCAUGUAUGGUUGGUCUAAGGUCGUUGGUGGUGCUGAUAAGGGCAUCAAGUUCGUUGGCGACGCUAAUGGCGAACUCGCCACCAAGCUCGGUUUGAGCCAAGAUUUGUCCAGCAUGGGCUUUGGCCAGCUCCGAUCCAAGCGUUUCGCUCUUGUCAUUGAUGAUCUUGUCCUCAAGUACGUUGGUGUCGAAUCUGGACCAGACGUAUCUUCCUCCUCCGCAGAGGCUGUCCUUAAGAGUUUGUAAACAAGGCUCCUCCGAACCACGUUUACAAUGAAAUAAAUGAGAAAUAGGUUGUCUGUGCCUCAUAUUUUCGUGCAUGGCUUUGCCGGAGCAUUCGUGACAUUUUCCAAAUAACUCUCGACAAUCAUGCUCAGUAAUGUGUAUCUUGGAAAUCUUAACGCUUCACAGCCAAAGAGUUAUUACGUUUAUUAACAAGAACUUAUGGUAUACAAUCACUUUCAGUCGCAGGCAUUUACUACUUGCGUUUCAGUGCCUCAAAUCUGCGUGUUAGUUCGUCAAAAUCAGGUAUCUGGUCGGUUUUAGGUGGCGGCGGUGGUGUUGAGGUUUUGGAUCCAGCUUUGCCUGGAACAUUGCUAGGUGGUGCAGGCAAAUCCCAGUUAGAUUCAGAGAAAUCGCUAUCAUCGACCUAUUCAUAUACAAA